GCCUCAAUUCUCCCCUUCAAAGCCAAAGCCCGAGCCCCAUUUUCCGAUCGCCGCCGGAAUUAAUGGAAGAAAUAUCCUCUCCGGCCGGCGGGACUUCUCCUAUGAUUGCCUGAAUCUCGACGGAAAUUUCCUCCUAUCGAGGGCCUUUCUCUAAAUGCAAAGUUGACACCUUUAUGGAGAUCGAAAGAAACUCGUUUCGAUCGAUGGGGACUUGGUUUUUGAAGAGAAAUUGGAGUGAGAUUGGUGUAUGGAUGGCUUCUUCGUCUUCAUUAAUGAGUUUUUGACUGCGAGCACUUCUUAUUCCCCCCCCCUUUUUUUUUUUUUUGGUUCUUUUGGUUGUGGCUUUGAUUGGAGCUCGGUUUUGUUCUAGAAAUCGCCAGAAGUUUCUAGUUUUAGUUUCGUUGCGUGCUCUUGUGAUCAGGGAGUGGAAAGGGAGGAAUCGGCGUUGAAUCUUCGCGUUUAUCUCCAAUUUCGCCAAUUUUGUACCUUGAUCUCGUGAUCUGGGCGUUGAAUUUGGUUAGGGUUUUAGAGUCUGGGGGGUUUGGGAAUGGAAUAGUGGUUAGGGAAGGGUUGUUAUAAUCUCCGAAAGCGAUGCCGUUUCAGAUGAAGAUCCAGCCGAUCGGGCAGAAGGGAGCGGUGCGGACCGAUCCGGCGAAGCCCGCCGGCAAGUCGCGGCUGAAGCGGCUCUUCGAGCGGCAGCUCCCGAGCGUGCUGCGGAUCUCCUCCGCCGAGAAGCUCGCCGGCGCCGGCGACGACAAGGACAAAGAGAGGGACGAUGGCGAUGUGGUGGACCCUAGCUCGGUGUGCCUGGAUAGAAUGGUGCUGAGCUUCAUCGAGGAGGGAAACGAGAAGCCGCCUCGGAGCCGCUGCAACUGCUUCAACGGAAACUACGACGACAGCUCCGACGACGAAUUCGACGUGUCCGCGGGCGAUGCCUCCGCCACCUCCGGCGACGCCGCGGAGAUCCUUAAGGGCCUGGUGCCAUGUGCGAGCGUCGCGGAGAGAAAUCUCUUGGCGGACGCGUCAAAGAUCGUGGAAAAGAACAAGACCUGGAGGAACAAAGACGAUUGUCGGAGAAUCGUCACCGACGACCUCCAAUUCCUUGGCUACGACGCUUCCAUCUGCAAGUCCCGGUGGGAGAAAACCCCUUCAUUUCCGUCCGGAGAGUACGAAUACUUGGACGUGAUCGUCGCCGGCGGCGAGCGCCUCCUGGUGGACGUGGACUUCCGAUCGGAGUUCGAGAUCGCUCGGUCCACCAAGCACUACCGCGCCGUCCUUCAAUCCCUGCCGUUGGUCUUCGUUGGCAAGCCCGACCGGCUUCAGCAAAUCAUCGCCGUCGUCUCCGAGGCGGCGAGGCAGAGCCUUAAGAAGAAAGGCCUCAGCUUUCCGCCCUGGAGGAAGCCGGAAUACAUGAAGGCCAAGUGGCUCUCCCCCUACCAGCGAUCUACCGCCGCUGUCAAAGCCCAGCAGGAGAAAGGAACCGACGACGGGAAGGCGAAAGCGGAGAGCGAUAGCAAAGUGCCCUGUUCCAUCUCUGCCGUUAAUUUUUCAGGUGAAUUCGAGCUUCGUUUCGAAGAGCCCGGCCGUUCUCCGGUGGCUAAUUCCGGCGUGUCGCCGGAGGAGAAGAUCACCGUGGUGGUGUCGCCGUGGCAGCCGCCGGAGAUGAAGCCAGAGACUGGGAAGCCGGGGACCAAGGUCGUCGCCGGCCUAGCUUCCGUCCUCUGAGUCCGAAUUUUUGUUGUUUUUUCCGAAAAAUUCGGUUUUUUUUUUAUAUUCGCUUUUUUGCCGGUUUUGUUGAGAGAGAUAUAUAUUAUAAAUUCUCUCUCUUUCUUUCUUGCCCUCGAAGGGAUUGUAAGAACUAAGAAGAGUUUUGGUUACCUACUGAUAUGAAUAUAACCUAAUAUUAGAUUAUGAAUAUCAAAAUGUAAAGAUAGAAAUUUCCCUUUCUAUUUAAA